AUGGAAGAUAUUACAACUUUCGAAAUGUUACCAGAUGAAAUGAUAUUACUUGUAUGUCAACAUCUUCGUUGUGCCGAAAUUCUCUAUUCAUUUUUCAACCUUAAUUCUCGUCUUAAUUCGACAAUAACCGACUUUUGUCAUUAUGUAAAUCUCAAGAAUGUUACAUAUAAACAGUUUGAUUUUGUUGCGACGCAGAUUAUUCCUCAAAUCGGUCCUUCAAUACGAUCGUUUAUUUUCAAUGGACAAUGGGAAAAUAUCAUGCCCAACAAAGUAGAUUUGACAUUCUUUCAUUCGAAACUAUCUUUAAUGUUACCACAAUUGCAUACAAUGUCACUUGUGAAUUUCAUUGAUAGACAACUAAAUUUAUUUCUUGACAAAAUCACAGAUCUUUUGCAACUUGUCAAACUUGAAAUUAGAAAUCUUCGAAAUGAACAUGGAGAAGGAUCACUGGAAAAAAUUCUAGCAGCUAACAAUAAUCGACUGAAAUCCGUAUUAUUCGAUUAUGAUUCAAUUAGAUUUAUUCUGACUAAGACAAAAAAUGACAAAGCUUCUUCUUAUCCAAGCAUCGAAGAGUUGAUGGUAAACUUAAAGACAGAUAAAACGUUAGAACAUCUAUUCAUACUUAUACCACAUGUUAAUCGUUUACAUAUUGACUUUCACCAAUUAUCAUCUACUUCAAAAUCGGCAUUAGCUAAUAUAUCAUCUUUUGUUCAUUUAAAAAAUUUUCAGUUACGUUCGAUAAACAUUUAUUGGUCACUAGAUGAAAUUGCUUACAUUCUGAUUACUUUUCAAUCAACUCAACCGGUCAUCUUGCAUUUACCUCAACUCAAGAGUCUCUAUGUGAAGGGAACAUAUGAAAUAUUUCAUCUAGUUCGAGCUGCUCCCAAUCUCGAGCAUCUAAACAUCAAUUUCAAUUGUUUAAGUAUGGUACUCGACGAUGCAUCUACCUGUGAAUUAUUAAACAAAGGAAUUGUAGAUCUUGAAAUCACUGAUUUUCAAGAAGUGGACUCUAUUCAAUUAGACGGCAUUGCACAAAAAUUUAAUCAUCUUCGUGAUCUUAGUCUAGCCUUGAAAAAUCCAACAGUUUUCGUCGAUUCACUUAUUCUAAAAGUGAUAUUAUUAUGGAGAGAUAAAAACCUACGUAGUCUUUACAUCAAUGGGUCGUUAACAGAUGAAAUGAGUAAAAACUUUCGUCAAUGGCUUAUUAAUCAUAGCCAUUUAUGCCAAGAAGAUUUAUUUACCGUUGAAUAUAAAACUAAUUGGAUUACUUUGUGGCUUCAAUGA